UUACACUAUUUCUGGAGCGUGUGUUGUUUAAAAGGUCAGACAGAGACGGGGGUGAGGGAAGGAAGAAAAGAGAGACAGACCAAGAAAAUCAGAAGAAAGACAGAGGUGAAGGAGAAAUAAGUAUCGUCUGUCUGUCAGUUCAGUGAUUACUUUAGACUAGACAUUUGCUCCGUUUGAACAAACAACUCUGGACAAAUGGAGGAUUCAGAGAAUAUUGCAGUGACCAAUGAGACAAAGGUAAUGAAUGACCAGGAUGCCAAAGAUGUGAAGCCCCAGGAGACAAAAUGUGUUGCAGCUGAAUCAGAGCCAGGAGGUGGGACUGAUACUACAGAGGGUGGAGCUAAUGAGAACAACAAAGAAAAUCAGGAGAAUACUGAAGCCAAUGACAGUGAGGUAUGUGAGCGAGAGGGCGGAGUCACAGAGAAUGCAAACAUUGUGGAAGAGAAAGAAAAACAAGAGAAGGAUAUCAAAGAACUUAAAGCUGGAGAACAAGAAAAAGAGACAGGGGUAGAUGAAAACAAAGAAUGUGAGGUAGAAGAAGAAGAAAAGAAGAGCAGCAAUGACCCUCACAGUGAAGAGAAUGAUUCCUGCAACAAAGGACAACUUGAGGAAAAGCACAAAGAAGAAGACAAGACAACAAAUGAAACUAAAGGCAACACUAAAAAUAAAGAAGAUGAAAGAGAAACUAAAGAGAAAAAAGAGAUUAAAGAUGAUAUCAAGAACAAACCAGAAAAUAUGGGGAAAAAAAGUGGAACAGUUCCAUCUUCUGCUCUUAGAGCCCCCACCAAAUCAUCUGCUCGACCCUCAAUCAGAAAAGAUGCCAUGGCCAAGUUUCAGAAGGACCAGACGCCAGGUGUCAGAAACUUUAAAGUUCAACGGACAUCUAUAGGUAUGGCUGGUGGAGCAUCAAUUAAACAGAAAAUUCUCCAGUGGUGCAGGAACAAAACACAGAGAUAUGAGGGUGUCAACAUAGAAAAUUUUUCUUCUUCCUGGAGUGAUGGUCUGGCUUUCUGUGCACUAGUUCAUCGUUUCUUUCCUUCUGCUUUUGACUUCUCCUCCCUCAAAGCAAGUGAACGGGGGAAGAAUUUCACUCUGGCCUUCAGUACAGCAGAAUCUCUUGCUGACUGCUGCCCCCUUUUGGAAGUGUCUGAUAUGUUACUAAUGGGCAACAACCCAGAUCCUCGGUGUGUUUUCACCUAUGUACAGGCUCUUUGUCAUCACCUCUCAAAGAUAGAGAAAGAGAGGAGGGAAAAAGAAAGCAUGGAGAAGGACAAGAACAAAGAAGAAGAUCAAGUGUUUUCUGAAGAUAAUGAAAACAGAGACAGAGAGAGGGAUGAGAUGAAUCAAAAUGAAGAGACAGAAGAAAAGAGAUCAGAUUAUGAAAGAAAGACAGAAGAAGCGACAGAUCAGAAUGAAAAUCUAAUAAAUGAAGAUGUUGUUGAAGAGAAGUAGAAAAACUACAUUAAAUAAAAAAGAAGGGAGAAUGUCAGAAUAUUUGUUGUUGCUGUCAUAUUCUGCUUUUUUAAUGUAUGGGUAUUUCUUUUGUAUCUAAUGUGGAUGAUAAAUUGUUUAGGAUUGUAUAGGUAUUUCUUUAUACAGUUUUUAAUUUUCUAAAAUGCUUAAACACUUGACUUUGAUUAUAUUUGUGGGCCUUUAGAAAAGUUUUUUCAAUUGCAUUUUGGUUUGACAACUGACUUCAAAAUCACAUCUGACAUAUUAUAUUAUAUAUUCUGUUAUAUUCUGACUUUGUUAUAUUCUGAUUACAUCUGCAUGUCAGAAAUUAGAAAUAUAACAAUGUUUCACUGUACAAUGUUUCACGCAAAAGAGCCCAUAAAAUAACAAAUAAUAAGCUUAUUCAUCUAAACACUGCGGAACAGUAUUACUCUGUCUGUUACACAGUAUGUGCAUUAUUAUUCAGUGUAUUGGUAAAUUCUGUGUCAUCACCUAAAUAAACAUUUAUUUUGCAUUUUAAUCUAAUUUCAUGCUAAAGGGUUGAGUCUUCAAUUAAGGGAUUGGAAGUUGGAAGACCGA